AUGUCCGCUUACUGUCAAGAGGUGAAGACUCUCUCCGACCAACUGGAGAAUGUGGGAUCGCCGGUCAUCGAAGAGCAACUCGUCAUUCAAUUGCUAACUGGUCUCAAUGAAGCGUACGGAAGCAUUGCCACUAUUCUUCAAAAUCAGAAACCCCUCCCUGCAUUUUAUGAAGCAAGAUCAGCCUUAUGUCUCAAGGAAACAACCAAGGCAAAUCGCGUCACCAACGAUUCCGCUCUUCACACAUCCCAUGUUUCGCACCAGGCGCUUUCUUCUGGCCCAACUGGUUCAGGCCCCACAGCUCCAUCUGGAUCCAAUAGUUCUGGCCUAACUGGUUCAGGCACACAUCCGACAAAUCAGAUUGGUCGAGGACGCGGACGUGGAAGAGGUUGUGGCCGUGGCAGAGGUCAACAUGGUGGCACUUAUCAACAGUGGGCUGCUUCGUCUUUUGGGCCGGCCCAUAGCCACGGACAUCACAUGGGUUUUGGGUAG